AUGGAUGCCUGGGACAACAGUGAUGAACUCGUUCGGCGCCUGGAUUUUUCCAGUUGUGGCGAAGACAGUGAAGAUGAAAGUGUACAUGAGGAGGAUGACCCAAGCUUGAGCUCCCCCAGGAGCUGCGAGUUCCAGAAGUGGCAGGAGAGCAGUCCUCUGCCAGCAACCCCUCAGAGAAAGCUUAAUGAGAUCUACCUGAGCAAGGCAAAAGCCUGGAUGAGUCCCACCCUAAAGCCUUCCUUGGUCAUAAGCAAGAGCCGGGGUAAUGCUGAGACGCCGCUGCACAUCACCUGGAAAAAGCUACAGCUGUGUGACACCCCACACACUCCCAAGAGCCUGUUAUCGAAGACAGCUUUUCCUUCAUCUGGGACAAAGGCCCCACCAAAAGGCUUCCGACACCUGAGAUUUACUCCUGGUGCUGACUCAGAUGACUUCACCCAAGCUCCUCUUGUCAACAUUAAUCCCUUUACACCAGAGUCAUAUCGGCAAAUGCUCUUUCGCCCUAGUGGCAAGCGGAAGACCAGAGGAGAGCUGAGGGAUCCUGAUCCAAGAAACCAGAUAAAACAGGAACUACCCACAACAAGAUACCCUCUGAAGGAGAGCAAUAUGGUUUCCCGCUACAAGAAGGAGUUCCUGGAACUAGAAAAAAUUGGUGUGGGGGAAUUUGGCUCUGUCUACAAGUGCAUCAAACGUCUUGAUGGAUGUGUUUAUGCCAUCAAACGCUCCAAAAGGCCUCUGGCAGGAUCCUCGGAUGAGCAGCUGGCACUGCGUGAGGUCUAUGCUCACGCUGUCCUUGGACACCACCCUCAUGUCGUGCGCUACUACUCAGCGUGGGCAGAGGAUGAUCACAUGAUUAUCCAAAAUGAACACUGCAAUGGUGGGAGUCUCCAAGAUGUGCUGAUGGAAAAUGCAAAGCUUGGCCAGUAUUUCACAGAAACAGAGCUGAAGGACAUGUUGUUGCAAGUCUCCAUGGGGCUCAAAUACAUCCACAACUCUGGCCUUGUGCACCUGGAUAUCAAACCUAGUAAUAUCUUCAUCUGCCACAAGCUGGUAGUUGUGGGCCCUGCUGGGCAGGAAGAGAGUGACAGUGAAGAUGAACUUUCUUCUGGUGUGGUGUAUAAGAUUGGUGACCUUGGCCAUGUGACAUCAAUAACAAAUCCCGAGGUGGAGGAAGGAGACAGACGGUUUUUGGCCAAUGAGGUUUUGCAAGAGAAAUACUGCCACUUGCCCAAGGCAGACAUCUUUGCCCUGGCACUCACAGUAGCUCUAGCAGCUGGCGCAGCUCCGCUGCCUCACAAUGGGACCAUGUGGCACCACAUCCGCCAAGGCAACAUCCCAGCCAUCCCCCAGAAGCUUCCUCAUUGCUUUCUUGAGCUCCUCAAGCUCAUGAUCCAUCCUGAUCCAGUGGAACGACCUUCUGCCACAGCUCUAACUAAACAUCCAGUUCUCUGUCCUUCACGUGGAAAAGCUGUGCAGCUCCAGAAGCAGCUAAACGUGGAAAAGUGCAAGACUGCCAUGCUGGAAAGGGAACUUAAAGCAGCCCGCCUUGCCCAGACCCUCAUGAAGGACCAGCCCUUAGGAAGUGCCAAGUUGCAAGAGUCUGAAACCUCUUCUAAGCAGAAGAGCAAACGCCUGGUGGGAGGGAAGAGCUGUCGCUCAUUUAGCUUUACAUUGGUGAAAAGCUCAAACCUGUGCAACCAGUUGACCUUUAGCAGACGAGUCCCUGAUGCCCGUUUUCUGUCUGUUGUGCUUCGCCAGUUUGUAAGACAUGAGUCUGAUACAGUUGGCUCCUUGGUACUUGAAAGAUCCAUGAAUCGUGUUCAGUUACUUGGUCGGGUUGGGCAGGACCCUAUCAUGAGACAAGUAGAAGGAAAAAAUCCUGUUACCAUAUUUUCUCUUGCAACCAAUGAGAUGUGGCGAACAGGGGAAAGUGAGGUAACCCCAGGAGGUGAUAUCAGUCAGAAGACAACAUGGCACAGGAUCUCCGUCUUCAGACCUGGCCUCAGGGAUGUUACUUACCAGUAUGUGAAGAAGGGUUCUCGAAUCUUUGUUGAAGGGAAGAUAGAUUAUGGUGAAUAUACAGAUAAAAACAACGUCAGGCGGCAGGCCACGACAAUUAUUGCAGAUAAUGUAAUUUUUCUGAGUGAUGGUGGUAUGAAAGAAAAGGUGUGAGGUCAUUAGUGCUUGGACCCAGGCCACUUCAUUCCUUUUGUUUUACAGUGCUUCAUAAUUCUGUAAUCAUGUGUAUUGCUGUAGUUUCUUUAAAAAUAAAUAAAAUGUUUGAUACCUA